UUAUUCGGAAUUGUAAACUCCAUUCAUGAAAUCUAAAUUUAGUGUGAUUGUUUUAUUUCCGGUUACAGAAAAUCGUGCAACAACAUCUAAAAUGUAGACCCGUCAAUGUGUUGAAAUCAAUAAAUAUGAUUACUACAUGGCGGUUCAGAUCUACAUAUAUUUGAGUUCAACAUUUCAACACAAGGGAAGCCAAUAGAAAAUACUGACAGAAAUAUGACGGAAAGGACUGGAACUCCUCAGAAGUCACCAUUUGCCUUGACCAAGAAACGGAGGCGGUCAAUAUUGCAAGGGAAGUUUCACAGAAUUUAUAACAGAUUCGAAAAAUUAAAGAAUUCUGAAAGUCCAGAUUUACUAAAGAACAUUUUAAUUGAUAUGGAGGAUUCUUAUAAAGAACUAGAGAGUGGACAUGCAGAAUAUAUAGAAUUAUUAAAUCCUGAAACUGAGCAAGAUAUCAUUGAUAAUGCAGAUAGAGAUAUGGACACAAUGUAUGAUGAAUUGUGUAAAUGUCGCGCACAUGUUAAUAAACAGUGUAAAACUAUACAGCAAAAUGAGAAAGAAAAAGACAAACAAAAGGAAAGUGUUAAAGUGAAGAAAUUAGAUGCUCCAAUAUUUAGUGGUGAGAUUAGAGAAUUCCCUAGUUUCAAGAGAGAUUAUGAAAGUAUUAUGUAUCCAACAUAUGGAACAGACCCAUUUGCAUUAAAGAAAAGUCUUAUGAGCGAAGCUCUUAAAACAGUGCAGGGUGUAGAUAAUGAUUAUGAAGAAAUGUGGAAAAGACUUGAAAUGAAAUAUGGUAGACCUGAAAGACUCACAGAUUCCAUACUUUCAGACAUUCGAAAACUCAGAAUUAUUCCUGACGGGGAUCAUUUGUGUUUUAUUAACAGUGUUGAAGUCAUAGAAAGAUGUUACUUAGACUUAAAACGUGUUAAUAUGGACAGGGAAAUGAAUACCACAACAAUGAUAAGUGAAAUUGAGAAAAUUCUUCCUCCAGUUCAGAAACGUGAGUGGAUUCUGCAAAAGAAGAAGCAUAAAAACUAUGAACAAUUUAUCCCUUUACUUGACUUUCUUCUGGAAGAAAAAAAUGCAAUGGAAUACAUGCAAUCAGAAUUAAGAUGUGAACAAAGAGCUAAGGUUCAUUACCUAUCUGAAACAAAUUCAACCAAUCAUUUCAUAGAAAAACCAUCAAAUACUACAGCCACAAAUGAGCUCUGCGUCCAAAUGAAACAAAACCAAGAAAUCUUACAAAAAGUAGUUGAUGGAUUGGCUCAUAUUUCAGAUAUAGUUUGUCAAGGUAAUCAGUUACCACACAAUCCAAGAAUGUCCAAAAUGAAUUCACAGAAGCUCUGCUGGUACCACGACACUGAUUCGCAUGAUAUUAGCCAUUGUUGGACCUUUAACAGAAUAGAUGUCAACAGUAAGAUCGAUUGUCUCAGAAAAAACAGAGCUUGCUUCAUAUGUUUAAGGAUAGGACAUAUAUCCAAAAGUUGUCCAGAUAAAAAAGGAUGUGAACAUUGUAGCAAAAUGCAUCAUUCAACCUUACACCAAGAACCUAUGAACAAAGUUAAUAACUGUUUACAAUUAGUGAAUGGGGAACAAUCUGGAGAAACUGUUGUGUUGAUGGUUAGUGAGGUCAGAUGCAAGGAUGACAAUUUAUUCACACUUUGGGACCCUGGAUCAAAUAUAUCUUUGAUAUCUCAUACAGCUGCAAAACGCCUUAAUAUGAAGGGAAUCGAUGUUACACUUCGUAUAUCCAAAGUUGGAAAUAUAAUUGAGCAUCUUUACACCAAGGAAUACAUUAUUCCCUUAACAGAUGUGGAAGGAGAAACAUGGCAGAUCAAAGCAUAUGGUAUGGAGAAGAUAUCAACAAAUUCGAAACCUGUAGAUAUCAGUGGAGUCUCAACCUUAUUCAAGGGAAUAUCAGAUAGUGACAUAUCUAGAACAGAUGGUGAAAUAGAACUGUUGAUAGGUGCAGACUGUAGUAUACUUUUACCAGUGAAUAUUGAAAGUGCAGGAAACCUUCAGCUAAUGAAAAACCAAUUUGGAUAUUGUCUAAGAGGAAGUCAUUCAAUGUUGAAAUUGUCCGCUAUUCCAAAGGACGUAUACAUCAAUCAUCUAUCUGGGAUUGAUAUAAACUCCAUGCAGGUUAUCGAUACAAAAUCUCUAAAGGAACAUUUUGACAGUUUUCUAGAUAUUGAGAGUCUAGGAACAUACUGUAAUCCAAAGUGUGGUGGCUGUCGAUGCGGUCAAUGUAGCGUUGGUAAUGGAAGAUUUACCAUACAGGAAGAACAUGAACUACGCACAAUUGAAGCAGGACUAGAAUAUGAUACAUCUGGAAAAUACUGGACUGCAUCAUAUCCAUGGAAACAUGAUCCUGUCAACUUACCAAACAACAUUAAGGCAGCAUUUGGUCGAUUGAAAUCAGUUGAACAAAGACUCAUCAACACAAGCAAAGAAUAUGCACAGGAAUAUCACACACAGAUAGAGGAUAUGAUACACAGAAAGGCAGCAAGAAAGCUUACAAACACAGAAAUAAAUUCAUAUGAAGGACCUGUACACUACAUAUCGCAUCAUGAAGUCUUGAAGCCUGGAUCCAAGUCCACACCUCUGCGAAUUGUUUUUAACUCGUCCGCUUCAUUCAUGGGUCAUGUUCUCAACAAUUAUUGGAUGAAAGGACCGAAAGUGCUCAAUGAUCUCAUUUCUGUGUUACUCAAAUUUCGUGAAAAUCAGAUUGCACUUGUUGGAGACAUAUCAAAAAUGUACAACUCUGUUGCAGACGUUGUAAAAAACAGUAGCUAUGUUGAUGAUAUCCUUACAUCAGAAACAAGUAUUGAAGAUGCAUGUCGACUUGCACAAGAUAUUGAUCAUGUACUCGGGAAUGGUGGAUUUACUGUCAAACAUUGGAUCAUCUCAGGAAAUCAUGACAAACUGGCAACUGGAAUUAAAUUGUUGAAUGCAGAGACAGAAAAGGUUCUGGGGCUGAUUUGGAGACCACAGGACGAUGUUUUCACCUUCAAAGUCCAACUGAAUUUUAUAAAAAAGGGAAAACAGACACAGGAUAGUUCUAGUAUUUUGUCUCACAAUGUGUCAGAUUUAUCAAAUAUGAACAUUACACUCACGAAGCGAAUGGUACUGAAACAAGUUGCUGGGGUAUAUGACCCACUCGGAAUGGUCGUGCCAUACAUACUCACUGCAAAGUCAUUAAUGAGAACUCUGUGUCAAGAAAAUACAAACAGCUGUGAGGAUUGGGACAAACCUCUAUCGUUAGAAAUGACACAAAAAUGGAUUGAAUUUUUCAAAGGUCUCUUUGAUCUCGAACUUUUAAAGAUACCACGGUGUAUUCAACCAGAAACGAUUUAUGGAAAACCAAUGCUGAUAUUAUUCUCUGAUGGUAGCAACCUGGCAUUUGGGGCUUGUGCAUACAUCCGAUGGGAAACGGCAUGGGAUACAUUCUUUGCUAGACUGUUAAUGGCAAAAAAUCGUAUUGCUCCAACAAGACAACUUACUAUUCCCAGACUAGAACUAUGUGGAGCUGUGCUAUCUGCUCGUCUGCGUGAAAAGAUUGUGAACGGGUUGGGAUUUUCCUUUGAAAAAGUCAUUCACCUUGUGGAUUCUGCAAUAGUUAGAGCACAGAUUCAAAAGGAAAGUUAUGGAUUUGGAACAUUUGUUGCCAACAGAGUAGCUGAAAUACAAUCCAAAACUUGUAAAACAGACUGGUAUUGGAUACCAUCUGAUCAGAAUCCUGCAGAUUUCACAACUAGAGUAACAUCACCAAGUCUAAUUAACAGUGAGUCUGUGUGGCAGAAAGGUCCAGAAUUUCUGUACCAUCCCUUUGAAAAGUGGCCUAUUAAACAAGAUAUAGAAGUAAAGGAAAUCCCUGAUAUUAUCGUACAACAUACUGAUGCUACAGUAACAGAGAGAAACAAGAAAACUAUGAGUGUGGCAGAAAUUGUUGAUCUCAAUAGAAUAUCAACAUUACAGAAGCUUCUCAGACUGACAUGUAUUUUACAACUUAUCGUAGAAAAACGCACAUUUCGAGGCAUUAUACAUUGUCUAUCAGCAGACGAAUUGAAAAGGGCAGAAGAUAAUUGGAUUAGACAUGUGCAAAAAGAUCUUCCAAAGGAUGUUAUGUACAGAUUUAGACGUCUUGGACCACAAUUAACAUCAGAUGGAAUUAUUACUGUUGGUCAAAGAAUGAACAAAUGGAUUGAAAAUAGUUGGAAUAAGACAUCAUUUGCUCUUGUUCCAUCAAGUCACCCAUUUGCAGAGUUUAUUGUAAAAGAAAUUCAUGACAGAGAUCAUGCCGGAGUUGAUGUUACUCUUGCCAAACUUCGGAGUAGAUACUGGAUACCAAAAGUAAAAAACAUAAUAAAACGUGUGAAAUCGAAAUGUGUGACUUGCAGGAAAAAAUUUAAAAUCACAGAAUCUCAACAAAUGGGACAAAUUCCAGACAUCAGACUCAAGCCAGUACCACCAUUCUACUUCUGUGCUGUGGACUUAUUUGGACCACUUGUUAUCAAAGAUACUGUAAAGAAAAGGACUCAUGGAAAAGGAUAUGGAGUACUUUUUAACUGUUUAGUGUCUAGAGCUGUAUACAUUGACCUAGCUGAAGGUUAUGAUGUUGGAAGUUUUAUGAUGGUAUUGCGUAGAUUUGUGUCAAUACGUGGAUAUCCCCGAAAAAUGAUAUCAGAUGCUGGAACACAACUUGUUGCAACAGGAAAGGAGUUAAGGACUGUUGUACAUUCAUGGGAAUGGGACAACAUAAAGAAAUUUGGGAAACAGGAGGGUAUGGAUUGGGAGACAAUAAAAUCUGCAGAUGCUCCAUGGGAGAAUGGAUGCAGUGAAUCCCUCAUCAAAUCAACAAAAAUCUGUUUAGAAUCUGCAAUUGGAUCUGCAGUCAUGACAUUUUCAGAACUUCAAACAGUUCUUUUCGAAAUUGGAAACUUACUCAACGAACGUCCGAUCGGCACGAAGAAUUGCGAUCCUGUAGAGGGCACUUACCUUUGCCCUAAUGAUUUACUACUUGGACGUGCCAGUUCACGAGUGCCAGUGGGAGAAUGGAACACCUGUUUAAACCCAAGGAUCAGAUGGAAAUUUGUGCAGCGUGUUAUUGAUACAUUUUGGAAACGAUGGAUGAGGGACUAUUUUCACACCCUUCUUAUUAGACAAAAAUGGCAUACAGAAAAUCGAAAUGUUCGAGUUGGAGAUAUAGUGCUUGUUCAGGAUUCAAACAACAUACGCGGACAAUGGAAAUUGGCCGAAAUUUGUGAAGCACUCCCUGCUGUGGAUGGAAGAGUUCGGGACGUCAAAUUAAGAUACAAGAACGUUAGUGCAGGACGUGAUUAUCAUGGAUGUCUGGACACAAUUAUAAGCAGAUCUGUACGACGUUUAGUCAUCAUCUUACCAAUUGAAGAACAAAAGUGA